AUGCGGGAAUGUUCGGAAUGGUUGCAACAGCUCAAUGACUUUGUUCUCACGCUCGCGCAGGCCCUCGAACUGCUGCAGAAGCGCGGUGUGAAGUCAUUCGUGCAGCAGGCGAUACCGCAGGUCGAGGCCAUCGGCCAGGCUCUCCAGGCCACGCGGAACGAAACUUACAGGGAAAUCUUUACCCAGCUCUACCUAGGCUUUGAGACCUUAGUUCCGUCACCGUGGCGAGCUGCCGCGGUGGUCGGGCUCCUGCCAUCUUUGGUGGCCGUGGGGCUGCCGCUCCUUGCCAACCGCGGGCUCAUCGAGGCUGCUGCAGUUGCCGCCUUUUGGCUGGUCAUCCGUCCGGCCUCCGCUAUGCUGGAGGCCUCUUGGUGGUUCCUGGUGCCGGGUCCACAAGUCUCGGCUCAGAGAAUGACCUUGGGCCUGAUCCCAGAGGCCAUGGUGACGGCGGCUCACUUUUACUGGUGCUGGGGGCUGUUUGAGCUCGUCGGCCGGCGGCGUCCGGCAUCGCAGAGGCUUCUUGCCGUCCUGUUCUUGACGGUCGUCCUGCUGCCGGUUACGCUGGCCCAGGUGUUCUUGGAGCAUCUCCAGCCUCGCCAAGCUUGCAUCUGUGCGCUGCUGGGCGACUCCCUAGGCCUCCUUUUCUUCCUGGCUCUGCGCACCCCGCCGUGCUGGCGGCUCAUCACUGUGAUGCCAAAAGACCAGGCUUACAUGUGGAGCAAGGUCCCCACGUUUCAGUUGCAUGACAACCUCAGCACUUUCUGGGGUGGCUGCGUGUGGUCCUCUGCGUCUUUGCAACAACCGGCGAAGUCUCUCAAGGGUGAGGCUUUACGCUUUAAUGACAAGCUGGUGGAUCAAGCCGCCUAUGCUGCCGGUGGAGAGCGCUUGGUGCUCCCGCCACAUGCCCUUCAGGCUUGCCGGCUCUGA